AUGGCUAAGUUUGCAGUUGGAGAGGUGGCAUUUGUGGGGUUGAUAGCUUGCAUGUUGGUAUGUGCAUCUCCUCGAGUUGAUGCAAAAAUAACGUGCCUUCAGGUCACCAACUGGCUGACACCGUGCAUCAGCUAUGGAGUGAUGGGAGGGUCGGUGCCAAUGGAAUGCUGUACUGGAAUUCAUGAACUGAAUGCUGCUUACAAGACCAUAGAGGAUAUCAGAAAAGCUUGCAGUUGUGUUCAAAAUGGUGCUGCUAUGAGUCCUGGAGUUGACUAUGAUCGUAUUAAUGAGCUUCCUGGAAAAUGUAGCUCUAAUUUUCCCUACAGAGUCUAUCCCGAUACCGAUUGCUCUAAGGUAGGUUUUGCACUGUCUGAGCAAAGCUCAAAGUAA